CUGCACGGGCGGAUCAUGCGCUCUGAAAAGUCAUCGGUAAACUGUUGGGGGAGAUAAAGGUUUCAUUGCAUCGUGCUCUUCGUUGUUUCUGCGAACGGAUUUUCUUCAUCGUACUCGAAAAACAUGGAUUGUGGAAUAAUCACUUCCAAAACUAUUCUGCUGCUCCUCAGUCUCAUAUUUUGGGCUGCAGGGGCAGUUCUUGCCUAUGUAGGUUCCUAUGUAUUCACAAGCUAUAAAAAUUAUGAUCACUUUCUAGAGGAUAAGUACACUUUAUUACCAGCUGUGGUCAUCUUGGGAGUUGCGGUGGUGAUGUUCAUCAUUGGAAUUAUUGGCUGCAUUGCAACGUUAAAGGAGUCCACCUUUGGCCUGGGAUUUUUUUUUGUCAUCGUUUUCAUCAUCUUUGCUGCUGAAGUUGCUGCCUUUGUACUUGGAAUUGUUUACAGGGGAAAAGUGAAAGAUGACAUUGAGAAAUCCAUGACAGAAGUGUUCAACAAAUAUGAUGGCCAAAAUUCAGAAAGCCGUGCUGUAGAUUACUUGCAAGAGCAGGUCCAGUGCUGUGGAAUAUAUAACUACACUGACUGGCUGUCACUGCCAUGGCAUAAUGGCACCAGAAAUAAUACUGUGCCCCUAACCUGCUGUAAACACAAUGUUGCCAAUUGCACUGGAAGAUUGGACCAGCCAGAUAACUUGUAUACUGAGGGCUGCGAGUCAAAAUUGGAACAUCUUUUACAAGAUGUUCUGAGUUAUGCAAUGCUGGUGAUCUUGGGAUUUGCCAUUGUCAAGUUUUUCGGCAUGCUGAGCGUUUGUGUCAUCAUGUGUCGGGGAAGACGACGAGAUGACUACCAGCCUUUAUAUGGAACAUACGCUUAAUAAUUUUAAUGGCUUUCGUCAUGUGAAAUUUAGUCCUUUUUUGUUGUCCUUUUAAUCAAAGAGCACCAACUUUUUUUUUUCUUGGCUGUUGUACUAACACUAUUAUAUAUAAUAUAAUAUAAUUUUUUUUUUUUUUAAAGCAUCCCUUAAAAUACAUUACAUUCAAACUAGCAAGUGCAAUUUUGUUAAAUGAAUUUAACUUUCCUAAAUUUCUUGAGGAUGACAUUUUUUUAUGCAAAGCAUGUACUAUAAACAGUAAGCUAUAUAUUUUGGCACACAUUGCAGAAGUUAUAUUUGGGAGGAAGAAGUUAAUUUUUGUAGGACUUAUUUCAUGUUCUCACUCAGCUUAUUUUUCCUAUUUAUUGCUGCUUGUAACUUUGAACAAUUACUAGAAGCAGUCUUAUUUCAGUUCAAAUGGUUUGUCCCUUCUCCAUCAUUAUUUACAAUUUCAGGUAAAUAAUUGCUAUCUUUUUUUUUUUUUUUUUUUUUUUUUUUUUUUUUUUUUUAAUAAAAAAUGUUAAUUGUUUACUAGGAAGUCCUCUUUCAUUGGAAACCAACUUGUGGUUGACUUACGUUUGCAUCUGUAUGAAAGAUUUUAUAAAAAUAUGGGACACUAUUCUCAGCAGGACAUUUUGGAAGGGAUGCCAAAUUUAACAUUCUUAUGUUUUUCUUAAAAACUGACAUUUUUCAGUAAGUCACUUCACAGGUAAUUUCCAUUUCCAAGUGCAGCAGUGUUGUCUUUGUUAAAUGAUUUACAAGAAAAUAAUUCUACCAGAGGACAUUUGGAUCCAGUCAGUGAGAUGUCAGAGUUUUGAUAUUCAUUUUUUUUUUUACCCUCUUGAGUAUUUGUUCACUUGUUCAAACUUUGUGAAUUGCAGGUAUUUGUUCCAAAGAUGAUUCUGUAUUUGUAUCUGAAUGUUGCUUGUUGGAUUGAAAAAAAAUUAACAUAUUUAGUGUGUAAAAUUACACGAUCAGUUAGUAGAUGAUUUCUCGGUGUACUAGCUACAGUGCCAUUUUGUUUCACUUAAUGUAAUUAUUAUGUACAGCUUCAUUGAAAUUGAUCCGUAAUUUUUUUUAUUUAUAAAGUUUCCCAAAUAAAAAAAUAAAAUGCUA